CUUUGCAGCAACUGGAACAGGAGCUGGCAGGUCGACUUCUCUUACUAACGGACUCAAGCCAAGAGCAACAGAGUGAGCUGAAUCUUAAAGCUCCAACUUCCUUCCAGCUCCGCAUAGGUGUGGCCCGGGACUGGCCUGAUGCCAGGGCAGUUUGGGUGAGUGAAAACAGGAGCCUGUUGGUCUGGGUCAACAUAGAUGAGCACCUCAGGCUGGUAUCAAUGCGAGAAGAUGCCAAUGUGGCUGAAGCUUUUCAAUGCAUCUGCAUCAGCUUGCAAAAGCUGGAAAAAUACUACAGAGGUCUCAGACAUCCCUUUAUCUGGAAGCAGCAGUUGGGAUGGGUGACGAGCUCCCCGGCUAAUGUGGGUACAGGUCUGAGGAUCAGCGUCCUCAUCAAACUGCAACACCUUCCCACACAUAAACACCUUAAGGAUGUUCUGAAAAGACUGAGGAUCAACAUGGACAAAACAGAUUCCCCGGAACUAUAUAAUAUAAGCAACAUGGCAACCUUUGGCUUUACCGAGGUCGCACUGACCCAGCUGGUGGUGGACGGGGUUAAGCUACUUACCAUCAUGGAGAAAAGGCUGGAAGGCAACCUAAGUAUAGAUGAGCUUGUUCCUGCACAGAAGUAGACACAUUAGGAAGACAAAUGGCUGAAGGAAUACUAGCAAAAAGAAAUGAUUGCUAAGAAGACUAUGGAAAAAUAUACCUUGCCUACUUUGAUCAAGAUAAAGAUUAGGUUGACAAAAGUUUUACUUUACAAUGGGACUUCACAAUGGAUUAAAAAAACAGAUGACAUGAUGGAUCGCAAAACACUGCAAUUACAAAGAGUAAUGUAUUUCUUUUACAGAGAAUACGUGUCUGAUGGAAAACAGCAAGAAACAAAUCCUUCAUAAGGCACUCACUGAAAUAAUUUUAAUCCUUAUUGACUGUUAUUGGUGCACAGUAGGAGGAGUCCAUAGGGACUAAGUAAAGCGCUAUACAAAUGCAGGCCUCUCUGGUUCUCUUCCACAGUAUGUCUUUUGUUCUGUCUUCCUCCCCUCACCC